AGUAACAGUACAAUGUUAUGAAGGAUGACAAGGUUGUAUCCUCAAUAAUUUGAUGUUGAAAAUGUUAUGGAACGAAUACGAAGCAUCCAGCAAAAUCUCUGGCAAACAAAACUAUUCAUAAAUCAUGAAAAAGAAGCAAUUACCAAGCUUCAAGAUGAUAUCAAGGGGCCUACAAAUAAAGUGAACAAAUCUGCUUGGGUUAUCAACCAUAAGUGGCGUUCUCUUAGAACAAAGAAGGCAAAUCCAAAGGAACUGUGCGAUGUUGACAAGUAUAGUCAAUCACUUGAUAAGUCUCGUUUUUACGAUGCUCGAGAUAAGAUUGGUGCAGAGAGUGAAAAAUAUGCUGCAUUCUUAAAAUACCUACGAGAUAAGUCAAGUUUGGUAGCUGUUAUAUUUCUGACAGAAGGAACAAAAAGACGUCAGCCAGAAGAGCUUUCAGAACUUAUUCAUUCCCUGUUUUCUGCUUUAUUUGGCUUUGCUAUCCUGCCUGACGACGAGAAAAGGAUUGUAAGAGUGAUUGGAGAUAUUGCCAAGAUACUCAUUGCUGAAUAUCAGGGAGCUAUAUCUUCUUUCUUUCAUCAUCAGACAGCACUGUCAUUAUCAUUCAGGUUGUACAUAGAGUGGAGCUCCAAUACACGAGUGUACAUGGGCGAACUAAUGAGUGAUAUUGUGAUGAAUGUUAUGGCAGAACCAGAGUUUCUUAUUGUUGAUGAGACCAAAUAUCUAGAACGACAUCCUAAUGCUAUAAACUCCAGAGCUAAGGUAGAUUAUUACCGGAAGAGAAUAGCAACUCAUGUGAUAAGCAUGAUUACACAGAUAAGGAGACACUUGCACUCCUUCCCCCCUUAUCUACGCUGGCUGGGCGUCUCCAUCGUUCAGUACUUCCAGAUCUACCGCGGAGCUACUCAAGAUGAUAUUAACAUAUUUCUGGGAGAGCUGUUCUUUACCCGGAUGCUGUUCUACCCUUUCCUGCAACCGCAGAUAUACCUAUCUAGCAAAAUCGAGGUUUCAGAUCUAGGCCGGCACAACCUACUUCAAGUAACGUACACAUUCCGAGAGGCGUUCCUCACGGAACUAGGAGUUCCUUCCUCUUCUGCUAGACAGAAAUACUCCUCAGUCCUUCCUUUUAUCGGCAACCAUAGUUCGGAGAUGGUGUUACUGUUAGAAGAGUUGGUGGAUGUUCCCUACAGUUCCACAGUUAUACCGACAAUAGACAUUCCCGUCCAGAGAAGUGCUGUACUUAUCACUGAGCGGGACCUCCGCUACAUUAUAAAUCUGCUAAUGGAGGUAUUAGCAAGUGGUAAGUUUCAACCGGAGGAGAAGGAGAUGUUAGCUACAGCCUUGUCUCUCUUACCUGUGGAGCCCUGUAGUCGACUCAGCGCUAAGAAACCUGGCAGGAAGAUAAGUCAGGCCAGUCAAGGAGACAAGAACACUAAAAGGAACAGACCCACAUUACCAGACAACUUUACCUUUGAAGAGGAAGUGUUAGUGUUCCCUCUUCCUGGUGUUGCUACUGAUAAAGUUAAAACGGAGGCAGAGGUGCUGGGUAAGAAUAUAGACCGUGAAGAAGAGAGGUUGUUUGAUGAGCGUAAGAUGAGCGUGUUGCUAACUAGUGACCAUCCUCUUACUGCUGACUCAGAGCAAACUGCUCAGGAGGACAUCAAGGGGAGAUUACUACAAGACUUUGACCUGCUGUUCCACAACCCUUCAAUGCAGUUGCAAGACCAGGAGUCCUUCACUCCAGACGGUGUUAGUCUCUCCUCCGCUAACUCCUACGAUAGUCUGGACAGACAACCUGAGUGUGGAAGUGUAGAUAAUGUUCAUCUCUCUACACUAACAGAACAAAGUAACACAGAGGGAGACAGUGCAACCUUGCAACCUGGAGAGAGUCUUUAUGGAGAGGAGAGUACAGGAGAGGAAGUGAGGACCCCUGUUGUGGAACAGAACGCCUUUAAUCUGGACAACUUUGAAACUUCCACAUCUGACUCUGCUAUAGCUGCUAUCACAGAUGUCCAGUCCACAACCUCAAUUAAUGCUAUAUUAGAUACAGGUUCAGUAGAUAACAGAUCUACAAUACUACGAGUCAACAUGAACAACAAAACAGGAGGCUUCUUCUACGAGCCUAGUCCCAGUCUUACUGAUAGUGGUAUACACGAGGGGUCCCUUCUUCGUAACAGCAGCCAUUGUAGUCUCAGCCGGUUGAGUGGUACAAAUCUACAGGGACUCUCAAUAUCAGAACAUGAGCUACCUAUUGAUAUCAUCUCAUCGGAGUAUGUGUAUCAGAACCAGAACGUACAACCAGCAAUGAGCGAAGAUCAGAUUCUGCAGAACGCCAUCAACAAACUGAAGAUAGCAUUCUCCCUCUUUCCUCACUUUUACAAGUCCUAUUACCCUAAGAUAGGUGUAUCUGCUCCUGCUACUACUAUUGAUCUUAUCAGUUUAUCACCCUCAUCGGGAGUGUCAGCAUUAGUUGUUGAUGAUGACGUCACCUCCGAGCACAAGCAGCUACUAGAAUACCUUCACAGUGAGUACUCAGAUGCAGGUGUACACAACAGUAAAAACUCUGUACAAAUUGAACAAGCUAUAAUUGCACUCAAGCAAAUACCUCCUAGAUUAUUACCGACUGUACUAUCAAAGUUAGAAGAGUACAAUACGGAACAAUCCGACUACAUCCACUACCUGAUAGAGCGGAAGUGUGAACUGAUGAGAGCUAAGGAGUUCCUAGCUAGGGUGCAAGCUGCUGUGGAGAUUAAACACGACCUCUUCUUUCAAACACUGUCUACACUAGUUAUUAGUAGCUUCCUCAAGACCUUUGAUGAUCAGAUCAAAGAAUAUCGUCGUCGUUUUAAAGAACUUGUGAUGGCUGACGAGAAGGCGGAGGUAUAUGACGAGUUUAUUGACUUUGUUAGUGAGAAGAUGAAUGACGAUUUCGCUAUUCAAACCCUAGCAAUAAACCACGCGGGUUGUGACGAGAGAGAAUGUGUAUCUAACGACUGCACUGCAAUGGAGAACCACAGAACUGAAGUUCUGAGACAAGCUGAGAUUGGGUUCUUUAACGCAGUCUUCUCUUCCGCUUUCUUACCAAACGGAGAGGCUCAGAGGCAAAAAGACAAUGUGUUCCGGGAGAGUCUAGGAGAGCUAAGAUCGGCAGCAACACUUGAUCACCCUGACAUACAAAUCCCCGCAAAGUACCACAACGAGGCUCCCUGGUUACCUGCUCAGCGGCAUCUUGCUCUUCUCCCUGCUCAUAAGAGCCCAAGUGGAAAGCUGACGUGUAUAAUGAACUGUGUGUUCACGAUAUUCAAGUUGCUGUUUGUGGGGGCUAGUGGGCUGACUAUACUGGAGGGGCGUACUGACGACAGUGCUGUUCCAGGAGCGGAUGAUCUGUUACCUGUCCUGAUCUACGUUAUAAUCCACGCUAAUCCUCCCAACCUCCUCUCUACUAUAGACUAUAUAGACAACUUCACUCCUAGAGGAAUCACCGGACAGGAUCAGUACAUGUUGAUGCAGUUUAGGGGAGCUACAGAGUUCAUAAAGUCCAUGUUACACAAGAACCCUAGAGUAGUACGGUGAGGAGGAGCUACACAAGAACCCUAGUAACCACUUAGUAACCACUUAGUUACCACUGAUAACCACUGGUAACGCUAGAGUAGUACGGCGAGGAGGAGCUACACAGUUACACAAGAAUAUACUUUUUACAGUCUGCACUCUAUAGCAUCACCUUUCUGUAGACAAACCUGUGGUCACUUCUUCUACACAGAAUAUUUAAGUUUACAUGUGCAUUAACCUGGAAACAUGAACCCAUUAGGUUUUUAAUUCAUUGAAUCGUUGUCUGGUUCGAUUGUAUCAAAUUUGUAACCUUCUGGGUUGGAUUAGUGUUAGCAUGUGUGUAUGUAAAUUGGAAAAUACCUUUAGGACUUGGUUAUGAGAAUGCAUGAUUUUGUAGAUCACGGUGUAAUGAUAAGUAAGUAGUAUGUUGAAAUUUGCGGAGGAAAUAUGUUGAGACCCCCAAUUUGUUUGAUACUCUGGGCUAUUAUUAAAUUUCAUGUGUUAUCAAGGGUAAUGUAUCGUACUUCAAUGUUAAGUUUUGAUGAUUUAAAUUGAAUGUGUACUUUCCUCAAAAAUAUGAAGCUGGAUGAAUUUUAUUAAUUUAUGUUUGUGUUUGUUACCGUAAUUGUUGACACUAUUUUCUAA